CUUUUCCAACACUCCUCCCAAGCAGCUGCUUUGCGGCAGGUUAGAAUUUUGAGAAGAACCAAUCAAAAAUAUAGAAACAGCAGAAUUCGCGGACGUGGAAGACCGACUUUUGUUUUGUUAUGCUAAUUAGUGUUUUUACUAGUUUAUUGAACCUUAAUCGGAUGGAGUCUGGAGCAGAAGCCAACAAAUCACAGCGAAACUGACAGUGGUACCCACGUCGGCAGAUACAGAUACUUCUUGGUCGGAGAUACACCUGAGCUAACACUCCAGCAGCAGCGCUUGGAACCCACAGAGGCCCGAACACGUAGCAGUGGCGUCACCAGAAUGCGGCGGCCCAACCUCAAGUGGAUCGUCAAGACAGGGCUCCUGGUCCUAGUCUCCCUCACUUUGUUCGUGCUCAUCACCAGCUGGAUAUCCUCCACUCCGUACACCAACAAACCCGUCCACCACGGCGUUGAACCGCUUCCACAGCAAGAAGGUCGUUCUGGCAAUGUGCCGGAAAAGCAUGAUGACGUGAACCAGAAAAAGAAUCAUAAUCCAGUAGAGCCAGAUGCAGAUGUCGAGAAAAAGAACGACGACGAACCCGAAGAGGAAGCGGAAGGUGAAGCGAAAGAUCCUGCAGAAAAAGAGAACAGAGUGCCGCUGGAGGAUGUGCUGCAGGUGGUUCCGCCGGCAGAUAUGGUAAAGAAGGAUUGGCACGACUAUACGGCCAUGGAACGAGAUGCUAAGCGAGUGGGUCUCGGCGAACAGGGCGCGGCCGCCAGUUUGGACGAUGAAUCCCAGAUAGAAACUGAGAAGCGAAUGUCCCUGGAGAACGGAUUCAAUGCCCUGCUCUCCGACUCCAUUUCAGUGAAUCGCUCCCUGAAUGAUAUCCGCCAUAAACUGUGUCGCAAGAAGGAGUACUUGACCCAACUGCCCACCGUAUCGGUGAUCAUUAUAUUCUGGAACGAGUACCUCAGCGUGCUUAUGCGAUCCGUACAUAGUCUGAUUAAUCGGUCACCCCCUGAGCUGCUCAAAGAGAUCAUUUUGGUGGAUGACUUCAGUGAUCGCGAAUACUUGCACCACGAUUUGGAGGCCUACAUAGCCGAUCAUUUCAAGAUUGUGCGCGUGGUUCGGCUGCCGAAACGCACAGGCUUAAUUGGAGCUCGAUCCGAGGGCGCUAGGAAUGCCACAGCCGAAGUCCUGAUCUUCCUGGACUCCCACGUAGAGGCCAACUAUAACUGGCUACCGCCACUCUUGGAACCCAUUGCCCUCAACAAACGCACGGCAGUGUGUCCCUUCAUCGAUGUUAUCGAUCACAGUAACUUCCAGUACCGCGCCCAGGACGAGGGUGCACGCGGGGCCUUUGACUGGGAGUUCUACUACAAGAGGUUGCGACUGCUGCCGGAGGAUUUGAAGCAUCCGGCGGAUCCGUUCAAGAGUCCUGUUAUGGCGGGCGGCCUGUUUGCCAUUUCGACGGAGUUCUUCUGGGAGCUGGGCGGCUAUGAUGAAGGGCUGGAUAUCUGGGGCGGAGAGCAGUAUGAGUUGAGCUUCAAGAUCUGGAUGUGCGGUGGUCAGAUGUACGAUGCACCCUGCUCUCGCAUAGGACACAUAUACCGGGGACCCCGCAACCACAAUCCCAGUCCGCGAAAGGGCGACUAUCUGCAUCGGAACUACAAACGUGUGGCCGAGGUCUGGAUGGAUGAGUACAAAAACUACUUGUACAGUCACGGCGAUGGUAUCUAUGAACGUGUGGAUGCCGGCGAUCUGACAGCCCAGAAAGCCAUCCGCACGAAGCUCAAGUGCAAGUCCUUUAGGUGGUUCAUGGAGGAGGUGGCAUUCGAUUUGAUGAAGAACUACCCACCGGUGGAUCCGCCCAACUACGCCAUGGGCGCCAUUCAGAGUCUGGGCAAUCCACAGCUAUGCCUGGACACGAUGGGUCGCAAGAAGCACAACCGAAUGGGCAUGUUCGCCUGCGCCGACGACCUGAAGGUGCCGCAGAAGUCACAGUUCUGGGAGCUCAGCUGGAAGCGUGAUCUGCGGCUGCGACGGAAGAAGGAGUGCCUGGACGUACAGAUCUGGGAGGCCAAUGCGCCUGUCUGGCUGUGGGACUGCCAUGGCCAGGGCGGCAACCAGUACUGGUAUUACGACUACGAAACGAAGCAGAUGAAACACGGAAACGAUGGCCGGCGGUGCCUGGAGCUGCUGCCCUUCUCCCACGAGGUGGUCGUCAACAAGUGCGACCCCAGCAACCACUACAUGCAGUGGAACUUUGGCACUUUCAACAAGACGGCGCUGGACCACUAUACCGAGGAGCUCGUCCUGAACCUGUAGUCCGUGGUCUGCCCAGCUACGGAAUCACUUGCCAUGUACUUAACGAACGUUCGAUGUAAAUAAUCUCUAGGCUAGGCUAGCUCGUAAGGCGUUUUGGCCCGAUUGACACUCUCAACGACUCAACGCACAUUCCAAUGCCGCAUUAAAGACUUUAAAUUUAUUUGUAUCUGUAAAUUAUGUUGAAUUUAUCUACAAGAUAUAACAAAAAAAAAGGUUGUAUGCCGAUAGUCUUGGGCUUGGAGUAGAGUCCAGUCGGUAUAAGCAUUUUGUAAUAAUUAAAAUAAAUUUUAAUACAACAUUA